AUGAAAGUAUUUACCAAUCCUGUACCCAACUAUCAAGACAUUUCCAUCUUCAGGGAGUGUUUCUUCAUUUCUCUACUAUGUAUGACACAAUUGCUCACCCAAGCUGCUGUGUCUCAAACAGUCAACAAUUCUGAAUACGUGGCUCGUACUUUUGGGGUUCAAGACAAACCUGGAGAAAUCUCAUGGUUCACAGCUUCAUACUCCUUGACCGUUGGUACUUUCAUCCUUAUAUUUGGCCGUUUGGGAGAUAUGCAUGGUUAUAAGUUGAUGUUUGUGCUAGGCUACCUUUGGUUCGGGAUAUUCUCUCUGGCUACUGGUUUUGCAGGGUUUUCAUCUUCCACUAUCUUGUUUGAUAUCAUGCGAGCUUUGCAGGGAAUAGGACCUGCUAUUCUAAUGCCUAAUUCUGUCGCUUUGAUUGGUAGCUACUAUCCUCCGGGAUUUAGAAAGAAUCUUUGCAUGUGUCUUUUUGGUUCUGUAGCUCCUACUGGUUUCAUCCUUGGAGCCUUUUUUAAUGGUAUUUUUGCUCAGCUUGUCUGGUGGCCAUGGACAUUUUGGGUUUGUGGAAUGGUGUGCUUUGUAAUAGCUGUUGCCGGAUUCUUUGUGAUUCCAAAAGGAGUGGGUAUACUUGCAAAAGGAAGCUUCGAUUAUUUCGGAUCUGCUGCAGGUGUUACUGGCUUAAUUCUAUUUAACUUUGCAUGGAAUCAGGGACCUGUUGCAGGCUGGGAGAGACCGUAUGUAUAUGUUCUCAUGAUAGUUGGAUUGAUUUCAAUUGCUCUUUUCUUUUACAUUGAGAAGAGUGUAAUCGACCCGUUGGUACCUAGGUCGGUGUUAAAGGGAGAGACUGGUGCUGUGUUAGGUUGUAUUGCUGCAGGUUGGUCCUGUUUUGGAAUCUGGCUUUUCUAUAUGUACAGAUGGUCUUUGGUCAUUGACGGGGACACUCCUAUUCUAGCAGCCACAAAGAAUUUACCAUGUAUAAUACCUGGAUUUCUUGCUGCUAUAUCUGCAGCUUUCUUGGUCCAAAGGUUUCCUACUUCCUUUGUGUUGUUUUUAUCUAUGCUUGCAUUCUUUGUUGGGAUAGUACUUAUGGGAACAAGACCUGUUGGUCAGAUUUUUUGGGCACAGAAGUUUGUCAGUUUGCUCAUCCAGCCUAUAGGUAUGGAUAUGUCUUUUCCAGCCGCUUGCAUCAUUCUUAGUUCUGCAUUACCUCCGGCACAACAAGGGAUAGCUGCUUCCUUAGUGGCCACUGUCGUCAACUAUUCCAUAUCCAUUGGAUUAGGAUUUGCAGGCACUGUAGAAUACUACAAAACAAAAGAUAUGUCUCCAAGCUUUGAGACUACGGUACAUGGUAUAAGAGUUGCAUUUUAUAUGGGCUUUGGCUUGGCCGGAUUAGGAGUGCUUGUUUCUGCUUUGUUCAUGUUUCAACAAAUUAUAAAUAAGAAGAAAAGGAGCCCCUCCGCAGAUGAAGAAAAAUCUACUAGAGCACCAUCAGUUUGA